AUGGAUAUACAAAAACAAGCAACGGCCCUCAGUCCCGGGCACCCCUUAAGUGGGAAGAGGGUGCGAAGAAUCCCCCGGUUUUCCAAUGAUGUCCUAAGAAUAAACAAAGAGAAGAGAAUUGGCACAUGGAAUGUGCAAAGCAUGUACCAGGCUGGGAAGGCGGCAAAUAUAGUGAAAGAGGUGAAACGGCUACAAAUCGACAUACUGGGGUGCAGUGAGACACGAUGGCCGAAUUCGGGACACUGCACUAUAGACGAACACCAUAUAUAUUUCUCCGGAGACCAUACUACCAGAAAUAGAAACGGAGUAGCAAUAAUCCUGAACAAGCAAACCAACGAAGCUGUAAAAGGAUUUAUCCCCAUCUCGAGCAGAGUUGAACUGAUAAAAAUCAAAUCAAAACCAUUCGAUUUGAAUAUCAUACAGUCAUACGCACCUACGACCGAGAGCAGUGAACAAGAGAUGGAAGAAUUCUACGAACAGCUUAGAACUGCCCUCAAACAUACGAGGAGAGAAGAAGUUAAUAUGAUGUUGGGAGACAUAAACGCCAAGGUUGGGCAAGGAAGGGUUGAGGAUGUGGUAGACGAAUUCGGGCUGGGGGUGACAAAUGAGAGGGGAGAACGCUUAAUAGAAUUCUGCGAGGAAAUGAACUUUACUAUUAUGAACACCUUUUUCAAACUGCCCUCGAGAAGACUGUACACCUAG